GUUACCCCAGGUGUCGCAUACCGACUUCACCACCUUGUCCUCUUUUUCUCCCCCUCUCCCGUAUAUAAAGUCUGCCCUCAGUCAUCUCCUGCUCUCACAUAUUCCUUUCCUCUCUAUUCUUUCAAGAUGUUUUCCGCCAUUCGCACCCGCGCUAUCGUUGCUCCUCGUCUCGUCAAGGCGUUCUCUACUUCUCGUGCCGCUCUGGACAUCUCGAGGUUGACCUUGAUCGGUCGUCUGGGUAAUGAUCCGGUUCAACGCACGACCGCCAGUGGAAAACCUUAUUACACGUACAACGUAGCCACGGCCCCCGGUCCUCCUAUCAAAGACGAAUCUGGAGCCCUCGUCAACCCGCCCACCAGCUGGCAUACCGUUUUUGCGUUCAACGAGCUUUCGCACCCCUCUAUCGGCCGUCUUGGCAAAGGAUCUACAGUUUACGUCGAGGCCGACCUCGAGAUGCGUUCCGCCGAAGCCGCUGCUGAUGGUGCUCCCGUCCACGACCGCGCACUCUUGAGGCACCGUAGCUUGAGCGUCAUCAACCGCGUCAAACCUGCUUCCGAGGUUGAGGGUGAGGAUGCUGAAUGAGCGUUGCCAAAUGAGCAGGGAUACGUUGGGAAAUCUUGUAGAUUUUGGAAUGUGAUGGAUGCUCCACCUCUCAGAAUAUU